AUGAAGCAAACAGGUUUCUCGCAAACAACAAGAAUCAUGGAGUCUCUGGGAAGAUUAAAGAUUCAUCACCAACCACCCCACUUUUCCUUCACUCACACCUCUUCUUCAUCCUCCUCCCUGAAACAAUCUUCAUUCUUAAUCCCACCAAACCCCUCUUUCAAAUACCCUUCACUCAAAGCUUCUUCUUCAAAAUCUCAAAACCCUCUCCAGAAGUCAACACCUUUCCCUCUCCUCAAGUCCACAUGCAUCACUCUAACAACCGCCGCAACUCUCCUCUCCCUCAACCUCCAGCUCAAACCUCCGGCCAUCGCAGCUCCCAUCACACCUCCAUCAUCAUCAGAAAGUAACAGACACGUCACCUAUGAAGACAAAGAGAAAGCCUUGGAAGAGCAUUUAGCAACUCACCCUACUGACGUGGACUCUCUUAGUUCCUUGGUGGAGGUAAAAUUCACAUCUUAUAAGCUUCCAGAAGCUAUAAAACUACUCGACCGUCUGAUAAAACUUGAACCGUAUGAACCGAAAUGGCCGGUUAAGAAAGCCAGAUACUUUACCUGCGAUGGAGACACAUCAUCAGCUCAAACCGUACUUGAAAAGGUUUUAGCUAAACACCCUCUUCAUGCUGAAGCUUAUUACGUCCUGGUCACCGCUUAUUCCAAUGCAGGUCAUGAUUGGAAAAGAGUAGAGAGUAGAAUCGAGGAAACAAUGUUGAGAUGUGAAAAGGAGAAUAAGCACAAGGAGUAUCGUGAGUUUAAGCAUCUUGUGGCUCAGAUUCGUGUGGUUAGAGGGAAACAUAGUGAAGCGUUGAAGCUUUAUGAGGAGCUUGUGGAAGAUGAACCAAGUGAUUUCUGGCCGUAUUUUUGUCGAGGAGGUAUAUACACUUUGCUGAAGGAGGAAGACAAGGCGGAGGAGGAGUAUCUCAAGUUUAAGAAACUUGUGCCGGAGAAUUAUAAUUACAUGGAGGAUUUCUUGGGGAAUAAUUUGUUUGCAGGAGAGCUUUUCUCAGCAAUGGGGUGA